AUGUUUUUUCCAAGACCCUCUUCAAACACAACGCAGAAAGAACCAGGUGUCAAUUAUCUAAAGAAACUGGACUUCAGCUCUGAAUAUUCACAGGAGCUAAAUGUUAUACUGAAAACAGCAAAAAGCAUUUCAAGCAAACCAGUUUUAGUGACUCUAAUAAAUGAUGGGUUCAUGCAAUUAGUCUGCAAUUGGUUAUGUAAUACAAAACAUAUGGGAAUUCAUCGUCAGUUCCUACUAGAGAAUAAUAUAGAAACUUUUCUGUUUGAAUGCGACUCCCUAUGGAUAAAAAAAAACCCUAUCCCUAUGAUUUAUCCUGGUUCUAAUUCCGUUAAUGGAGAAAAAGCGGUUACCAAAAUGGAAAAUGAUCAAGUGUACUUAAAUCGGCUGGUUUUAAACAAAUAUGGUGGGAUGAAAGCUACUAUGACGCCCUUUUCAGAGUUCCCGGAUGGAAAGUUGAUCAAGGCAUCCAAGUCACGACGUAUAGCAUGGCAUCCAUAUGUUAUACAUAAUAAUUGGAUAAUUGGAAGAAGAAAAAAGAUGAAACGUGCUAAACAGUGGGGUCAUUGGUUUAUGAAGGAUAAUGGCGAAUGUGACGAUGAACAAAUUAGGAAGAUAAUUAACUUAUAAUGCACCUAGUUUUAUAGUAUAGAUUCUUAUACAGAAGAUAUCCUUUUAUUGAAAAACCAUUAUAGGGUAUA